GCAAGUGUCAGUCAGGUCGGGAGUGCGGCGGCGGACAUCCGAGACCGCGGCGGCAGACAGGGUACGCCGGCCGCUGUGUGUUGUCCGCCCAAGAUGGAGUUCCUCCUGGGGAACCCGUUCAGCACCCCUGUGGGACAGUGUCUCGAAAAGGCAACAGAUGGCUCCCUACAGAGUGAAGAUUGGACAUUGAACAUGGAGAUCUGUGACAUCAUCAAUGAGACAGAAGAAGGGCCAAAAGAUGCCAUUCGAGCUUUGAAGAAGCGGCUCAGUGGGAAUCGGAACUACAGAGAAGUGAUGCUGGCACUAACGGUGCUGGAGACAUGUGUAAAGAACUGUGGCCACCGCUUCCAUAUCCUUGUGGCCAACCGAGACUUCAUUGACAGCGUUCUGGUCAAAAUCAUCUCUCCUAAGAACAACCCUCCCACCAUUGUACAGGACAAAGUGCUUGCUCUAAUCCAGGCAUGGGCUGAUGCCUUUCGGAGCAGUCCUGAUCUAACUGGUGUUGUGCACAUAUAUGAGGAGCUGAAGAGGAAGGGGAUUGAAUUUCCCAUGGCAGACUUGGAUGCUUUAUCCCCUAUCCACACACCCCAGCGGAGUGUCCCGGAAGUGGAUCCAGCUACAACCAUGCCUAGGUCCCAGUCACAGCACAGGACAAGUACCAGCUCCUAUUCCUCACCGCUUCCUGCUUCCUACACCACUCCACAGGCCCCAGCUCUGAAUGUGACUGGUCCCAUCACGGCCAAUUCAGAACAGAUUGCCAGGCUGCGGAGUGAGCUGGAUGUUGUUCGGGGAAACACAAAAGUCAUGUCCGAGAUGUUAACAGAAAUGGUCCCUGGGCAGGAAGACUCAUCUGAUCUGGAGCUGCUGCAGGAGCUAAACAGGACCUGCCGGGCCAUGCAGCACCGCAUCGUAGAGCUCAUCUCCCGCGUGUCCAAUGAGGAGGUCACCGAGGAAUUACUGCACGUCAAUGACGACCUCAACAAUGUCUUCCUCCGCUAUGAGAGGUUCGAGCGGUACAGGUCGGGCCGAUCAGUUCAGAACACCAGCAAUGGAGUACUGAACGAAGUUACUGAAGACAACUUAAUAGACCUGGGUCCUGGCUCUCCUGCUGUGGUGAGCCCCAUGGUGGGGAGCACAGCACCCCCAUCUUCCCUUUCCUCUCAGCUUGCAGGUUUGGACUUGGGGACAGAGAGCGUCAGUGGUACCCUUAGUUCACUCCAACAGUGUAAUCCUCGUGACGGCUUUGACAUGUUUGCCCAGACCAGAGGGAACUCCUUGGCAGAGCAGCGCAAGACGGUCACCUAUGAGGAUCCUCAGGCUGUUGGAGGACUCGCUUCUGCAUUAGACAGUCGGAAACAGAACUCGGAAGGGACCUUUCUGUCCUUGGCCCAGCAGAGAGGGAAAGGUGGGGACUCUGACCUGGAGCCCAUAGACAGCUGGCUCAUGUCCCAAGGAAUGAUCCCCGUUUCGCAGCCCUCUGUCAUGGACGACAUUGAGGUGUGGCUCAGGACGGACCUGAAGGGCGAUGACCUGGAAGAGGGUGUUACAAGUGAAGAGUUUGAUAAGUUCCUGGAAGAAAGAGCCAAAGCUGCUGAAAUGGUUCCUGACCUUCCCUCACCCCCUAUGGAAGCCCCUGCGCCAGCCUCCAACCCUUCUGGUCGAAAGAAGCCAGAGCGGUCUGAGGAUGCCCUCUUUGCCCUGUGAGCUGUUCUGUGGUUUGCCUCCCUUGAUUGGCAGGGCACUGCUGGUUCCCCUAGUGGACACGGGCACUGGCCACUGCUCCCCAGCCCCUCGGCCUGCACACCUGUGUCUCCAUGGAAACACCACUGUGUUUGCUCCCAGACCUCUCCUAGUCAGGACCAGCUUUUGUCACCUUCUUUUCUCUAGGUGGUGGGACAGUGGCAGCCAGAGGCUUCCUUCCCCUACCUGCAUGGGCUCCAUUGGCCUUGGGUCAUCCCAGGAAGAGCCAGUGGCCCAGCCCCAAGAAGGGCAGCCCCCACUUGGUAAUCCUGAACAGAGCAUCUGAACUGUCCCCUUCAUUAUAUCCAGUAGAGAUGGGUCAGGUUCUAGCCCUGCCACAUGCGCCCACCUCCUCCUGGUUCAGUGGCUUUCCUCAGGCAUGCUGUUCCCCUGUGCCCCUCUCUUCCAGAAAGGGCUUGGUGUCACAUCUCUGGAAGGGCAAGGCUCAGUUGUGCCCAUAGGCUCAGUCUCUUUCCUUGGACUGUGUGUCACCUUGUGACACUUUAUGUGUUGGCACUUUAGAGGGCUCUGUGGGCUGCCAGCUCCUUCCUCAUGCCUGUGCUGGUUCAGCAGCUAAGUCUUGAACCAAAGGGCCCAGAAGGACCUUUGGCUCUUGGUGUAGGAACAGCCAAGGGCAUCUGGGAGGCAGCAUGCAACCUGUAAACUCUGGCCACAAGGCAUGCUGAGUAGCAAGCUCCGCUACAAACUAACUGGCCCCCGUGGAUACUUUGCACAUCACCCCCACACCUGACCCUGGUGUUGGAGAGGAUUGUAUGAGAGGCAUGGCUCCGGCAUAUGUGGGAAGAUGAUGUGGGUUUGCUGCAUUUGUACCAUGCCCAUAGCACUGGCCUGGCCUGUAGCAGCCUCCAUACCCAGGCCUGGUAGCAAACAGCUAUGCACCAUGCCUGGAGGCUCCAAAUGACUGAAUGGCUAGAAUGACACUAAGUUCCUUCUGCCCUCCCUGGAAGGGGCUGCAGCCUCCUUCCCAGCUGUCUUGACAGAAUGAUCCCUCCCACCUUACAUGUCCCCUAGCCCCCACUUCCCACUUGAAGGCCACAGCCUAAGGCUGAGCAGAUGGGGGCUGGUGACACCUGCUCCUGUUCUGUGUCCUUGCUGGUGUUUUUUUGGCCCCAGGCAACGGACUCAGCAUUAGCCAUGUCCUGGUCCAACCCUGUCCUUCCCUAAGCUGCCAUUAUCAGAAAACAAAUGUUGUAGCAGCAGCAGCCCCACCUGAGUCUUAGGGCCUGCUCACUGUACUCUCUGGCAACCCAGGUUACCAUGUGUUCAUGAUGUGAUCAUCCUUUCCCCCUGUCACCACCAGAGAUCAACCUUAUCACAGAGAGGAGGCCAGGCGUUGAGGGAUAAAAUACCAGUGCAGCACUUUGUGAUGCUCUUAUAACCAGGAUUGCAGUGAAGGCUGAGGGCAGGAAUGGUCCUGCCCCAGGACUCCAUGCUGUCCAGUACCCCUCCAGCAGCCUCUAGGAAGGAGGCCUGCAUACUGGGUCCAUUUAACAGAACCAGUAGGGGAUAUAAUACUCAUACUGCAGAGGAUACCCUGGAAGCACCUUCCCAAGUUCAGCCAGCCUGCUUCCUGUCCAAUCCUCUGAGCAUCUGCCAUACUCCACCUUCUGAUUCUCAGCUCUUGGCCAACCCAGGCCCCUCUCUCAGUCUCUCAAGGGCAGAGCCCCUGAGGCAAGCUUGGCUGUUAAGACCUCUGAAAGGAGCUGGUUGGGUUAAACUACAGGGGAGGUUGCUGGCAUGGAAGCCUACAUACCCAGAGAGCUAGUCCUUGCAUAGUCUGGUGGGGUGAUCCUGUGAGGGUCAGACCCCACUUCUGUUAGCCUGCCAGAGCUGGUGAGUGGUGGGGAGGCAGGCCAGCAUCUUCUGUGGGAAAAGGCAGCCUCCCUGCCUAUGUAUUACAUAGAGAAGACGAUCGAUUCCCGUAGGAAGCAAGGCUGUACAGGGACCUGCCUGAAUUCAGGGGGUCCCCAGCAAAGCUGCUCUUAGUACCCAUGUCCAGAGAUGCUCCCAUCCCCUGACUCCAGCCGGUUGCCCCACAGGCAGCAGGUACUGGAGGUCUCCUGUGAGCUGCCAGGAGGCCAUUAGCCAUGCAGACAAGAAACUCCUGCCUUCCUGGCCUGGAACAGCCCCUCUGGUGGCUUUCACAUACCUCUGUUCACAUCCUGUCCAGAGGUAGCUGCCCUACCUGCAGGCUGAGGCCCACACCAGAAGCAAGGGCAGGCCCAGCUGCCCUGAAGGGGGUUUUACUCAUCCCUUAUGGGUUGCCCUAUCCUGGGGCCUGUGAUCCUUCCUCGCCCUCCAUGUGGGGGGCAUACCCCUCAGGCCUCCAGCUUAGUAAGGAAAGGAGCAGAACUAGUUGGGAAAGCUGGACCUGGACCCGUGCAAGCCAUCUGCCUCCAUAAGUGUUAGAAAUCACAGAUACAGUAUGUACUUAAUUACACUAAAUUAUUGCUGGGAUGCCUCAUAAGCACUAAUUAUACCUGAUUAUAGGUUAAAAUAUUUAUUUUGUCAAAAUAUUUUCUUGGGGAUAUGUUUAACCUUUAUUUUGUUCAUUGUGUGCUGAGGUGUGAAGAGUAACCUCCUGCCUACCUUUUUGGCCAGUGGGAAGCAACAAACAAAAGUCACUGCUUGCAGUUUGACCCCAGCACAGUGGCCUCUGGCAAGACUACCACAGAGUGGUUCCAGCCCAGGCCUCGAGCAGGUGGACUGUGGCUGGGCUGAGAGUGACCUACUUGUUUCUUAGUACAUGGGACAAGGGACUUGUUGCUGGCCUUGGUCAGAGGGGAAUGUGACUGUCUGUCCGUCCUGUCAUUUUUGUCUAUGAGCCCCCUCUGUGAGUGACUGUGCCUUGGCUCACUGCCCUUCCCCUCCCCACCCCGUGCUCUCAGGCCUGUGUUCUCACUGUAGCCCAUUGGGAGGCAAGAACCCAUCCCCUGACAGCACUGUGCAGCUUCGAGAAUGGUGGCAGGCCUCUGUGUGGCCCAGUGGUAUGGGAUCCUGCCCUCAUCUUCUUGCUGCUACACCACCCCCCCCCCCCCCGCCCCAACUAGCCCUGCUGCAAGCUCUCUUCUGACUGAUGGCUCAGCCAAGAGAAGAGCAGCAUGAGGAAGAAGCUGAGCCCAGCCUCAGCUUCUUGCACUGCUGGGUCAGGCCCCUGGCCUCUCCACCAUCUCUUCUUGGGAGAGCUGGGUUCUUCCACCACACAGGGCAGCCACAGGGCACCAGCCACUCCCAGAGGAAUAUGUUUCCACCUAAAGAUGCUCCCCAUUCUGCCCUGUGCCCAUCUCCAAUCCCACCUGCCCAUAGGGGUCCAAGCCUGGCUUCCCAGUUGCCAAGCAUCUUCUGGGGAACCUGUCAGCCCUGCAUCAGAACUGCUCCUGCCAUGUCCCAAACCUCCAAGCUCUCCUGGGUAGCAGGGAUGGUAUUUAUUUCCUAAAGCUUGCACUUCAUUUGUGAGGGUUCUCAGGAUUGUUGGGGGCUAUUGAAAAGAGGAAUGUGUUGAGUUUGUUGUCUCUUUGUCCCAGAAGUCUGGUGUCUCAUCACUGUCUUGUGUUUCUGUGGGCAGAGCUGGUUCUGGAGGGUGGGUCAAGGCUUGGAAGGCUUAGAGUGACAUCAGAGUGUCCACCUACCCCACUGGCUCUCCCUCCAGAUGCCAUCUCUCUAGUUUGGGUUCUUGCAUGUAAAAUUCUCCACAAUAAACAUAUAAUUGAACUGUU